UUGAGAAAAAUUAAGGAACAGCAUUUCAGGGUUUUAGCGUUGUUACAGCAUACAACUGGAACGGGAACAAAAAGGUGUGUAAGCAAUUUCGAUCACUUUUAGGUUGCUUGCUUCUUCAUAUUAUUCUAAUGAUUCAUCAUCGCCAAUUGCUCUCUUCCACUAUCAAACUCACCCAUCAUCUCUCUCUUCUCUCACCCUCUUGCUCCUUCAUUUCCCCAAUACCCUUUGCCCAAAAGUUAACGUUUUUGACCUCUACAACCACAUUCCCUACCAGGUGGAGAAACCCAGGUUUGUGCAAAGAUUUCAAGUUUGUGGGGAAUUUUAGUUUAAUGAGAUUUUAUUGUUAUGAUAGUGGUGGGUCUAAAGAGUGGACUGAGGAAAUUGAGUACUUGGAUGAAUCUGGUAGUGUUCUUUACAAGGGUAAGGGUAUAAGGUCCGUGGAACCUGGGCUUGAUGAUCAUGUAAUGGUGGGUGAUGUCAAGAAGCCCUUUUUGAAUGCUCUGGCUGUGGCCAAAAUUGUUGAGGUUGUCAAAAGGUGGAAAUGGGGUCCAGAAUUGGAGACCCAAUUGGACAAACUUCAGUUUGUACCAAACAUGACUCACAUUACUCAAGCAUUGAAGGUCAUUAAUGAUAACGAUGCAUGUUUGAGUUUCUUUAGGUGGGCUAAGAGGCAAUCUUGGUAUUCACCUAGUGAUGACUGUUAUGUUAUGUUGUUUGAUGGUUUGAACCAGCGCAGGGAUUUUGAUGGGAUCCAAUCAUUGUUUGACGAGAUGGUUGGUGAUUCUGCCAAUGGUGGGGUUUCCUUGUUUGUUGCUUAUAAUCGAGUUAUUCAGUACUUGGCUAAAGCUGAGAAGUUGGAAGUCUCUUUUUGCUGCUUUAAGAAAAUACAGGAUGCUGGUUGUAAAAUUGAUACAGAAACAUAUAACUCACUCAUUACUUUGUUUUUGACUAAGGGUUUGCCUUAUAAGGCGUUUGAGAUAUAUGAGAGCAUGGAAGCAGCCAAUUGUUCAUUGGAUAGUUCGACUUAUGAACUGAUGAUCCCAAACUUAGCAAAGUCGGGCCGUCUCGAUGCUGCUUUCAAACUCUUCCAAGAAAUGAAAGGAAGAGAUUUCCGGCCUGGUUUAAACAUCUUUGCAUCACUUGUUGAUUCAAUGGGGAAGGCGGGGAGAUUGGACAGUGCAAUGAAGGUUUACAUGGAGAUGCGAGGUUUUGGGUACAAGCCACCUCCUACUAUAUAUGUUUCUUUAAUUGAAUCUUAUGUGAAGUCUGGAAAGUUAGAAACUGCCCUUAGGUUAUGGGAUGAGAUGAAGAAAGCAGGGUUCAGGCCUAACUUUGGCUUGUAUACAUUGAUCAUUGAGUCCCAUGCAAAAUCAGGGAAGCUGGACAUUGCUAUGUCUGCAUUUUCAGACAUGGAGAAAGCAGGAUUUCUACCCACCCCAUCCACAUAUGCUUGUCUCUUGGAAAUGCAUGCUGCAUCUGGACAAAUUGAUCAUGCCAUGAGACUGUACAAUUCAAUGACUAAUGCAGGUUUAAGGCCUGGCCUCAGCACUUAUACUGUUCUUUUAACUCUACUAGCUAAUAAGAAGCUGGUGGAUGUGGCUGCCAAAAUUCUACUUGAAAUGAAGACCAUGGGAUAUUCGGUGGAUGUGACAGCUAGUGAUGUUUUGAUGGUGUAUAUUAAGGAAGGUUCAGUCGAUCUUGCUUUGAGGUGGCUGCGUUUCAUGGGUUCGUCAGGGAUCAGAACCAAUAAUUUUAUAAUCAGACAGUUGUUUGAGUCAUGCAUGAAGAACGGGUUAUAUGAGUCAGCCAAGCCUCUUCUUGAAACAUAUGUUAACUCUGCUGCAAAAGUUGAUUUGAUACUUUACACCUCCAUUUUAGCCCAUCUUGUUAGGUGUCAGGAAGAGCAGAAUGAGAGGCAUUUGAUGUCUAUCCUUAGUGCUACAAAGCAUAAGGCCCACUCUUUUAUGUGUGGACUUUUCACAGGCCCAGAACAGAGGGGACAGCCGGUGUUAUCUUUUGUCAGGGAAUUCUUUCAAGGUAUUGACUAUGAAUUGGAGGAAGGUGCUGCAAAGUACUUUGUCAAUGUUCUUCUCAAUUACCUAGUUCUUAUGGGGCAGAUAAAUAGAGCUCGAUGUGUUUGGAAGGUUGCUUAUGAGAAUAAACUUUUCCCAAAGGCUAUAGUUUUUGAUCAGCACAUUGCUUGGUCUCUUGAUGUUAGAAACUUGUCAGUUGGAGCUGCUCUUAUAGCAGUAGUGCACACUCUUCAUAGGUUCAGAAAGCGCAUGCUAUAUUAUGGCAUUGUCCCAAGACGGAUUAAAUUGGUAACAGGAGCGACUUUAAAGAUCGUGGUUGCACAGAUGUUGAGCUCAGUAGAGUCUCCAUUUGAGGUUAGUAAAGUGGUUCUUAGGGCAUCAGGAGAUUCUGUCAUGGAAUGGUUUAAGAAACCAAUUGUUCAGCAGUUUCUUCUGAAUGAAAUUCCAUCCAGGGCUGAUAUCCUGAUGCACAGGCUGAACAUACUUUUCCCCAGUUCUGCACCUGAAGUUCGAUCUCUAUCCCCUCCUAAACCUCUCAUUGCAGGCAGGGCUAUGUAAACAGUCUUGAUAUCUAAGGGUAAUUUGCGCAGUGGCUUUCUCCUUUCAUGAGAAGUUCCCUUUCUUUUUUUUUUAAGAAGAAAGAUCUUUUUCAGAAAAAGGCUAUGGAACUCAAAGUUUUCUCCACUCCCACAUGAUUUAGAGGAAGAAAUCACCCAAUGGGAAAUUACAAGAAUGAUAUUGAAUUACAGGUGAAAUAUUGGAAGCUGGAAAUCAAAGGGCAGGCAACCAUUUGUUAGAAUCUGACAGAUAGGACAUCAUUAUUGUGCCUGUUACAUGGAAAGAUAGAUUUGUCAGAAUGAUGGUUUUUUUUUUUUUUUUUCCUGGAAAUUGUUCCAAGGGUAUCCCCCAGCCGAAAGCCAAGAACUAAUCCCCUUGAGGCGGAGAGAUCAUGCGAUCGUGGGUACAACCUCUAUCAACAAAGUCUUUUAUAUACACACGGCCAGGGAUCGAACCCUUGUCAACAUGCUUAAAGGACCCAGCUUUCUACCAAUUGUGCCGGGCUUUGUUAGUCAGAAUGAUGGUUUUUGAUCCAUGACUAUUAUACUUACAGUAAAAAGGGAUUUCAAUGAUGGUUUUUGUAGCAUUUCGGAAUGUAUAUUCGUUUUUUUUUCUCUUUUUUCUGAAGACAAAGUUCUUGAGUGGAUAUAUUGAUGUCAAUGAUCUUAUCUUCUUGUUAUCCAUUCCUUCCUGAAUGGCCAUAGCUCUUUGUUCCUCAUUUUGUGAACUGAUCUUUUGCAGCAAAAUAAGCUAAUAAUAUACUUUUUGUUCUUUUGUAUUGAACUCUCCGUGAGGGGCAAAACCCUUGGAUACCAAAAGAUCCAAAUCAAACCAGUACCCAGACACAUCUCUGAUCCAAAUUGAGGGAGUGAACACAAAGGAAUAGGUAGCAUGGUAUGGAGGCAAGUGAAUGGCAUAUAUCUAUAAGGCCAAGGUGAAGAAGAAUCAAAGUCAAUACCGCUGCAUAUGGGGUAAGGUCAAAAGGCCUCACGGUAACAAUGGUAUUGUUCAGACAAAAUUCAAGUCAAAUCUUCCUCCAAGAUCAAUGGGAGCCCGGGUAAGAGUAUUUAUGUAUCCAAGUAACAUGUGAGGUAAACCCGCCUCUAUUGAUGUUAAUUUUUUAAUUUGUUUGUCCAUUUUCAUUUCUAUCCCAUAUUUCUAUGUAACAUUCUUGGAACUCCUGUGUUGUAAUUUUGUUGCAUAUUUGGAUCUUCAAAUGUGUUUAUGACAUUCACGAUGAUUAUUCCUUUGUAAUGCAACACUGUUGUCGUGUUCAGUUGCAUUUCCUUGGUGCUUCAAAAGUAUACUAAAGCCAAAA